AUGACGCUUGUUGCUCACAGGUUUCGCCGUUGCGUCGGCUGGAAUUGCCUAACCGAGGCCCAGAAAACAGGCAUCAUUGUCAGCAUUGCAGUCGUCGCGGUCGCUUUUUUCCUGGCCUACAUGCACUGCCUGGGCAAGGCUGCGAUAUCUCGCCGAGAGCGCGCCUCGGUACGGCUUCCUGGCGGCAGGCGAGUCCCUCAUCCCCAAGGCCAGCUCCAGAGCGUCGUGGUUGCACAGCUCCCCGUGGCACAACAAUGGCCGGGCGGCCCAGCCAUGAUUGCCUAUCAGCCGGCCUUGUUCACUGUCCAAGGAGCUCAUCACGCCAUGGCACAGCCCGUGAUGGUUGCAGGGUCCUACCCUCGUCCACCACUAGCGACCAUGAACCCCGUCCCGCCCACUCGGCAGCAGCACGACCAUCAAGAAGACUUCCUGCCAGACGCGACGCGUGCAGGAGAUGGACCGGAACCAGCACCCCAAGCGGCGCCGGAUUCGCCACCCUCAAGCCUCCGACGGCACAGGCAGCCAACGUGGCGACAGAUACUCAGCCGAGCCCUGCGGCUGCCUGUGGGCAGGGCCUCAACAAUCGAAAGUGUAUCCGCUCCAGGGACGCCCAGCCGUAUCGAAUCCCACGAGGGCAUGCACAGCGCACGGCCUCUUGAAGAGGCGGGCCGCGAAAGGGUCUCGGUGCCCCCUAUUGCAAGUGGAGAGAACAGAGGCUACCAAACUCCUCCUUUGCGUACAAGCGGAGGGAGCGACGAGGCCGCUGGAGAAACCGAUUCUAGCUCGCUGCGGACCAAUGUCGCAGUAGUCCACAGCGAUGACUUUCAGAUGGUCGACCCGUCCUCACGGAUCACCCAGCAGCCGGGUAAGCUUCAGGUCCAGGGAUCAUAA